CUCUGAGUUGCCGUAGUUGUAGUUUGUUGGUUCAGAACAGAAUCAGACACUGCUGAAAUAUAAGUGAAAUAAACAGCGAGCUACAUAAUCAUAUCAUGAGUCGAUCGUACAAUGACGAGUUACAAUAUUUGGACAAGAUUGACAAGAACUGCUGGCGAAUCAAGAAAGGUUUCGUCCCAAAUAUGCAGGUGGAAGGGGUGUUUUACGUCAACGAGUCCCUGGAGAAGCUGAUGUUUGAGGAGCUGCGUAACGCGUGUAAAGGAGGAGGUUUUGGCGGGUUUCUCCCUGCCAUGAAACAGAUUGGAAACGUUGCAGCUCUGCCGGGUAUAGUCCAUAGGUCCAUCGGCCUGCCAGACUGCCACUCAGGGUAUGGGUUCGCCAUUGGAAACAUGGCUGCCUUCGACAUGAGCGACCCCAACGCAGUCGUAUCCCCAGGUGGUGUGGGGUUUGAUAUUAACUGUGGAGUGCGUCUACUAAGGACCAACCUAGACGAGGGAGACGUCCAGCCUGUCAAGGAGCAGCUGGCUCAGGCCCUGUUUGACCACAUCCCUGUAGGAGUCGGCUCCAAGGGAGUCAUCCCUAUGACCGCCAAGGAUCUAGAGGAGGCUCUAGAGAUGGGAGUGGACUGGUCCCUGAGAGAAGGCUAUGCCUGGGCAGAGGAUAAGGAGCACUGUGAGGAGUAUGGCAGGAUGCUGCAGGCCGACCCCAACAAGGUCUCCUCCAAGGCCAAGAAGAGAGGCCUGCCUCAGCUAGGUACUCUGGGGGCAGGGAACCACUACGCUGAGAUCCAGGUGGUGGAUGAGAUCUAUAAUGACUAUGCUGCUAAGAAGAUGGGCAUCGACCACAAGGGCCAGGUGUGUGUGAUGAUCCACAGUGGCAGCAGGGGGCUGGGCCACCAGGUGGCGACAGAUGCCCUGGUUGCCAUGGAGAAGGCGAUGAAGCGAGACAAGAUCCAGGUGAACGAUCGUCAGCUGGCGUGCGCCCGUAUCUUUUCAGAGGAGGGACAAGACUACCUGAAAGGAAUGGCCGCCGCCGGCAACUAUGCCUGGGUCAACCGUUCCUCUAUGACCUUCCUCACACGACAGGCGUUUGCCAAGGUGUUCACCACCACUCCUGAUGACCUGGACAUGCAUGUGAUCUAUGACGUGUCUCAUAACAUCGCCAAGGUGGAGGAACACAUGGUAGAUGGGAAACAGAAGACUCUACUGCUGCAUCGCAAGGGAUCCACCCGGGCCUUCCCUCCACACCACCCCCUCAUCCCUGUAGACUACCAGCUGACAGGCCAGCCGGUGUUGAUCGGGGGCACGAUGGGCACCUGCAGUUACGUCCUGACGGGCACGGAACAGGGCAUGACGGAGACCUUCGGCACCACCUGUCACGGCGCGGGUCGGGCUCUGUCUCGGGCCAAAUCCCGCAGGAACAUCGACUUCCAGGACGUGUUGGAUAAGCUGGCAGACAAGGGUAUCGCCAUCAGGGUGGCUUCGCCCAAACUAGUUAUGGAGGAGGCUCCGGAGUCGUACAAAAACGUGUGUGAUGUCGUCAACACGUGUCACGAUGCUGGAAUCAGCAAGAAAGCCAUCAAACUACGACCCAUCGCUGUGAUCAAGGGAUAAGGCUGCACCGCUCUGCUAGUGACGGCAUUGGCCAUGGCACUCCCUCCAGGAGCCAAUCACCAGGCAGAGAGCUGGCGGAGGAGCCAAUGGGGAAGUGUCUGACUGCGAGUGAGCAUGUCCGUCUUCAUAGACUGACUUGACAAGGGAUCGGUUUCCUCCACUUCCUGUUUAUGACCAGUAUGAUUAUUUUGGCAUGGGGGGGUGAUUUGUCCGUUUAGUGAUCAAUUUAAUUGGACCGGAUGGGCUCUUUAAUAUUGUAAAGUUUGAGAGGGUGAAGUGUCUUGGGUUUACUUUUCAUUCAUGGCAAAGUCACUGUGGAAAAUAACCUUGAGAUUCAGGUUAACCAGAGAUAAUAAAAUACAAGAUGACAGAUUGAUCUACUUGCA